AUGGAUCUGUCAAAAGAGCUUUUUAAUCAAACUGCCUGUGCAGCAGAUGGCUCAGUUCAGAAUCCUCUAAUGAAUGCAGUUUCUACACUUCUUACAGGUCCAGAAAUAGCAGCAUUGGAUUCUGAAUUCAAUAACACCGAGCACGAGCAUUUUCAAGAUGCAUGAGAAGAAGCUGAAGUCCAGCAAAAAAUUGCUGAAGAAAUUCCUCAUGAGCAGCAGUUUGAAGAAGCAUGACAAGAUCAAGAUAUUUUUGAGCAAGCUUGGGUUGAGCAUGACCCAAAUGCAAAUCCAUGGACUACCAAUUUUAGUAACCCAACUCCUGAAGCCUUAGAACAAUUUGUCAGGAUGUGGCAACAAAUGUGGCCUCAAGAGCUCCCCAAAACUCCUAAUUACGUUUUCGAUGAGUUUAAUCCUUACCUCCAAGCUGAAAAUCCCUAUGAAAUUGCUAUGGAUUAUUUAGCAAAUAAUCAAAUAAACCAUGCAAUUUUAGCUUUAGAAGCUGUGAUUAUGAGAGACCCUAACAGCUCAGAUAUAUGAAAAUUACUAGGCCAGCUAAACGCUGAAAACGAUGAAGAUUUUCGUGCAAUUGCUGCAUUGGAAAAAGGCUAUGAAAUCGAUCCUUAUAAUCUGGAUAUUUUAUUAUCUUUAGGAAUGAGCUUAAUUAAUGAAAAAAGUGAAGACAUGGCUAUUUCUCAUUUACACACAUGGCUAUCGAAUCAUCCUGAGUAUCAUAAUAUUCAAGCAGUUGGGGAAUCUCCGAGGGAACAAAUUAAAAAUGCAUUUGAGCAGGCUAGGAAUUUAAACCCAAAUGAUGCAGAUAUUUAUCAAGUACUAGGAGCUCUGAAUUUUAUGACAAAGGAUUAUGAAAUUGCUGCAAGUGCAUUUUCAAGAGCUCUUCAGCUAAAACCUGAUGAUUAUUAUAUAUGAAAUAGAUUAGGUGCUACCCUGGCGAAUCAAGGAGAUAGCCAUUUAGCGAUACAAGCUUAUCAAAAAGCUUUGGAAAUCAGACCAAGCUAUGUGAGAGCUUGGGCUAAUUUAGGUAUUGCCUAUGCAAAUAUAGAUGAAAUGAACACAGCAGCUCGAUUUUAUUUAUGUGCGUUAUCCUUAAACCCUAAUGCAGUUCAAAUAUGAAAUUAUUUACUUACAAGCUUCACAUGCUUAAGAAGAUGGGAUUUAAUUGAAAAAUUAAAGCAGUUUAACCCCAUGAUAUUUAAAGAUGAGUAUGAUAUAGUUAUAGCGAAUGAUUUACCACAAGCAAAACAUGUGGAAAGUGAUUGGGCUAAUGAAUUUAUAAUUGAGUAG